CACAUGCAUUUUUAUUCUAUUCAUGCAACUCAGUUCAAUGAUCAGAACAAAAUGAGUUAGAAACAUAACCGUAGUUCCACAAUAGCAACGGUAUUGAUUAAAUAUCACCGAAAAUUAUGGAGAAACCUGAAAAAAAUGAAAUCACAUAUGAAUAUACAAAGAAGAGGAAAGAGUUUGGAAAACAAACUCUAUUCGAAGAUUUUGGCCCUGAAAUGUGUGUCAGUAUUCCCUGCAAUCCUAAUCAGUAUAAAAAUUAUAUACUACGCAAUCCUGUACAUGUCGCCAUACAAAAUGCUCCAAAUAUGUCCGAACACUGGGUAAAUUCAACAAGAGCGGAGUAUACAAGUUCAGGUAUAAACCACGUCGAAGGUGGCUGGCCUAAGGAUAUAAACAUGAAUGACCCUGAAGCCACACAACGGUAUCGGCGUAAGAUAGAAAAGGAUGACGCUUACAUUCAUGCUGUUAUGCAUCUCGGACAUAGUAUGGAGCACAACAUAUUACAAAACAAUGCGGUAGAUAUGUAUCAGAUAUAUUAUUCGGAAUUGACGUCAAUACCGCCGGUGGAAAGGAGCAGCUGUCACACGGUGAACGUGUACCGGGAGCCGGGCGCGCGCCGUCCUGUACGUUCGCUGUCAUGGCAGGCGGACGGGGGCGCAAGACUCGCGGCCGCGCAUGCAGACCUCGAAGUACUCAACACUAGAUCACUGCAAUUCUCUUACAUAUGGGACAUAGAUAAUGCAAACGCCCCUGAGUUAACGAUAAAACCACCUCAGCCGUUAUUGGACUUGCAGUACAAUCCUCGCGAUCAGCAUACGCUUGUCGGUGGUAUGCUGAAUGGUCAGGUUGGUUGGUGGGAUGUUCGUAAAGGUGGCGACCCUGUAGGUAUCUGUCCACCGCACGUGGCUCACAGAGAUCUCGUGAGGAACGUUUUGUUCAUCAACUCGAAAACAGGGGCUGAAUUCUUCUCUUCGUCUCCAGAUGGUGUUGUCAAGUGGUGGGAUACUCGUAAUAUGAAUGAACCUACAGAUUCCAUGAUAAUCGAUAUAGUUAAGUUGCCUAACGAUACACAAAGCAUGGAAAAGGCUUUAGGAAUAUCGGCGCUUGAGUAUGAACCUACUAUACCGACAAGAUUUAUGGUAGGUACUGAAACUGGAUUGGUGAUUGGAGCAAAUCGAAAAGGCAAAACACCUUUAGAAAAAUUGCCUUCUAAAUACGAAGCCCAUUUCGGACCAGUAUACGCGCUACAGAGGAACCCGACGUUCUUGAAGAACUUUCUGACAGUUGGCGACUGGACAGCUCGCGUGUGGAGCGAAGAUUGUAGAGAAUCCUCCAUACUUUGGACACAUUCACAUAAGACUAAACUAACGGAUGGAGCAUGGAAUCCUAUAAGAUUUUCACUUUUACUGGUAACGCAAUGGGAUGGUUGCCUUUCUUGUUGGGACUUGUUAAGAAGACGCAGCGCGCCCAUUGUGACCGCGCAACUCUGUGACGAACCUUUGUUACGAUUGCGUCCACACGAAGGAGGUUUGUUAGUGGCAUGUGGUAGCAGCAAAGGAACUAUUUACUUAGCGGAGCUAUCACAAAAUCUUGGAACCGCGGAUAAAAACGACAAACAACUGCUCACUCACAUUUUAGAAAGGGAGAAUAAACGUGAGCGUAUUUUGGAAGCUCGUAUGCGAGAAUUGAGAUUGAAAAUGCGACAAGACCGUGACGGCGGUCAGGCUCAGGUCUCGGAGACCGACCUCACCGCUAACGACAGAGACCUGGAGGAAGCCUCCGCUGAUUACCAACAAAUAGUCAAUGAUCUAUUAGCACAGCGUAAAAAUCAAUAAAACUAUAAUAAAAAAAUAAUAUACGUCCGACUCAAAGGAC